UAAAAUUUACCGCCACAGCGGUAACAGCCCUAAAAUAGUGACGACGAUGGAUUCUCCGCUGCAUUGAAAUUUAUUUUCCUGAGGUUGAUGAAAAAAAUGUGAAUUUUUUGUGGCUGAAAGUUUUGUAUUUAAAGGGAAAACAGAAAAGAAAAACAAAACUAAAAAUUUGUCAGCAAAUUUUGAAACGUUCCAGAGACUUUAUUUGUUGAUAAGUGACAAAUUUUUUGUUUAUAAAUAAAAAAAAAGCUUUUGAUAAAAGCAAAAAAUAAAUAAAUUUUUAAUUUAAUUUAACCGAAGUUUAUGGUGACGUCAUUUGUUUAUCCAAUAAAAUUGACCAAUAAAUAAAUUGCGGAACAGUUUUGUGAUUUGAUUCGAAAUUGAGUUGAAGAUGAACAUUUAAUCUGAUUUUGACUAUAUGAAAAGAAAUUGUGUAUGGUGAACCGGAAAAGGACUGACUUAUCAAAUAAAUAGAAAAAAAAACCCGGACGAAAAGACUUUUAAAGUGGAUUUCAUUAUGCAAACAUAUUAAAUUGGAUUAAAAAUUGUGUUGUAAUAUUGAAUUACACAUAUCAAAUUAUAAAAGCGGAAAGAGUGUAAGAAGUCGAAAACAUUGUAUCUUCGAUAAAGUAAAAAAAAAAGUUUUAUAAAAACGAAGAAGAAAAUACUCCCAAAAAAGAAAAUCACAUUUUCUUUGAACCUUAAACCGACUGGGACAACCAAGCAAAGUAAACGAAUAAUUGUGCGUUCAUAUAUUAGUGCCUUGUGGCGUUCGCGUCGUUACGUAAAGGAUUAUUUUUACCCGUUAUUCAAAAAUAGAACGAGUUCGAAUGGAAUUUACCUUACACCACUUCGACUGAGCGAAUGAAAAAAUAAAUAAGUAAUAUGAAUACGGACACAACACCAGCAUUGUUUGCCAAUUACCUGACACAACACUAAUUAAUGUUAUGUUACCGCCAAGUGGCGAUGCAAAAAACGGUUAAACUUCAAUACAGAAAGUAUUUGAUACGUUCCCUACAAUUAGCGAAUUUUCGAAUAAAUUUGUGGUAAAAAGUACAACCCCUUUGGACACAUAACACAUUCAGUUCUGUCGAGAAUUGAAUUUAAAAAAAUCAAUCGAAAUGGCAUCCCAAAGAUUUUGUUUGCGAUGGAAUAAUCACCAGAGUAAUCUGUUGUCGGUGUUCGACCAACUGUUGCACGCUGAAACGUUUACUGACGUCACGCUGGCGGUCGAAGGCCAGUACCUAAAGGCUCACAAAAUGGUAUUAUCGGCAUGUAGUCCGUACUUCCAAGCACUUUUCGUAAAUCAUCCGGAAAAGCAUCCAAUCGUAAUUUUAAAGGAUAUAACGUAUGCCGAUAUGAAAAGUCUGUUAGAUUUUAUGUACCGCGGCGAGGUUUCUGUGGAUCAGGAACGCCUAACUGCAUUUCUCCGGGUAGCUGAAAGUCUGCGAAUAAAAGGUCUGACUGAAGUCAACGAUGAGAAACCUGCUAGCAAUAAUAACAACAGUAGUAAUAGCAACAACAACAACAACACCAACAAUAACAAUAAUAGCAAUACAAAUAGUGCCGAACAAACACAAACACCACCGCCACAGUUGCAUCGAAUACAGCCGUAUUUGAUGCAGCAACAACGCAAAGCACAAGGGAUGAUGUUGAGCAAUCCCUUAUUGGGAUCAGCGUUAACGAUGCCAAAGCGAAAACGGGGGAGACCGAGAAAAUUAUCGGGUUGCUCGAAUGGGACCGCUGACGAUUUUAACGAUUACGAGUCGAGAGACAAUUUAGUGCAGGGUUCACCGGAGCUGCUUGAAAUGAAAGUGAAUGCUGACAUUUAUCCAGAAUCAUCGGACGAUAAUGGUGAUGAUGAUGAAGAUUCGAAUGAACAAAUGGACACAUCCGAACCGUUGAACAAAUCCCAAUUGGCAGCGUCGUCGUCCAAAGACAGUAGUAUUCGAAAAGAUAAUAUCGACAAUAGCGGAUCGGAAAUAACGCCCACAAAUUACUCGAACUACAUGCGAUAUGGAUUAAUGGUACCGAAAUCGGAAUCGUCGCCUCAACCAUCACCGAUGAAGAUUCGCAUAAAUCCGCUAACACAGACCCCAUCUACAUCAAAUUUAGCGAAUGCUCUACAACAACUGCACAACGAUUCGAUAAACAACAAUGCACCGAAUCGAUCUGCCAUGCCAUCCACCAAUACCGCAACACCAAAUAGUGUCUCAACCAGUUUAGCCAAUUCAAUGGUAACCAAUUACCUGUCCAAUCAACUCAGCAAUCCCACUCAAUCAACUGUACCUGCCGAUGUAAAACCAGUUACGACACCGACGGGCUCUCGACCGCCACAACGUCGACGCGUUCGACGGAAAGCCAAUUCGCCAGCUGACGAUCAGGCGGAACAUUUAACGGAAAUGUCGGUGCGUGGCUUGAAUCUGUUCCGAUAUGCAACGAUUUACGAAGGAAUAUAUCAGUGUACAGAAUGUGCGAAAGAGAACAUACAAAAGACGUUUAAAAAUAAGUACAGCUUCCAGCGACACGCCUUUUUGUACCACGAAGGUACGCAACGUAAAGUAUUUCCCUGUCCGGUGUGUAGUAAGGAAUUUUCGCGACCUGACAAAAUGAAAAAUCACAUGAAAAUGACACACGAGGCAUUCAUGCCGAAAGUGGAAGUGUAUCCGUUAAGUUAUUUAAUGGGUGGUGGAGGUGAUAUGCCUCAAGCAUCACCAGGCGCCCAACAACCGACCAAUCAACAGCAGAAAAAACUACAGCAACAACUGCAAAAUUCUCAGAUGAAGGACAAUGUGUCACAGCAAAUACAAAGUAUACUAAAUUCUCAAGUGGAAAACAUGGUGGUCACUCCGCAAAUCCAGCAUUUACUGAAUUCACAACGAAUGGGUGAUAGUGCGUCUGGUACAUCAACACCAUCACCAACACUGACCAACCAUCAACAGCAGCAACAACAGCAACUACUUCAAAAACUUCAGCAACAAUUGACAAAUCAACAAACUUCACUUCAAAAUCAAACCUCCACUCAAUCACAAUCACCACAAGCAUCACCAUCACAGUUGCGUAUCGUUUCAGCCCAAUCAUUGAACGAAUCGGCCGAUGAUAUGCUAACACCCAGUACGAUCCGUCAUGAUGACGACGUCCGGAGCAAUGAUAAGAGCGACGAAGCAAUGUCACAAUUUAAUGCACAAAUGUUGAAUAUGCAACAGAUAAAAGUAGAAAAUGUGGGUCCGUCGUCGGAUUAAAUGUGAUGCAACUAUGCUGUGCAGCCAUUUUCUCGCACUUGUCAAGUGGAAAAUGUGGGUCCGUCAUCGGAUUGAAUGUGAUGCGACUAUGCUGUGCAGUCAUUUUCUCGCACUUGUCAAGUGAAUUCAAUGAAAUAUUUGUAUACAUGUGUUCCCGUUCAAUGAUAUACGUUCGUUUGCCGUUUAUUUCAUGCGCGGAGCCGGAGUCCGAGUCGUACGCUAUCAUUCAAAAGUAUUUGAUCAUUGUGUGUUUUCAGUCUAAAUUGCUGAAUUUUUGAAAGGACAUUAAAAAUCGGAAUGACACCGGAUUUGCACGACAGACAGAUCAAUAAAAAAAAAGAAAGAUUAUUUAUCAAGCUUUCCAGAACGCCAUCUGUCGUGCAAAUGCGGUACCAUUUUGAUUUUUAAUGUCCUUUCAAAAUUCAGCAAUUCAGACUGAGAAAGCACAAUGAUCGAAUACUUUUGAUUGAUAGCGUACAAUUAUAAAAGAGAAAAAUUAGUUAAUUUUUGUUGAUUAUUCAAGAAUUAUACACCGGAUGAGAUAGCCUUUGCUCUAUUUUACUUAACUUUUUUUUUGCCAUUCAAUCGUACUUCUUUAAACCAUUUUCUAUAUUGCAAUAAAAUCAGAUUUUAAAUUUCUUGAUUGACUAACUUAUUACGCUCACAACAGUCGAUCACGGACUAGUUUGAUAGAGAUGAUCAAUAAAAUUUAAUUUCUGGGAUCCUCAAUCCGUGGAGAAUUUACUCCAAAUUACUUCCAAAUUCUCAAAGUAAUCAGACUGCGACGAAUUUUAUUAAGAUUUACACAAAACAUUUUGAAUGAAUUGUUUUUGGUGAAAUAUGAGCGUGUGUGACUGUGACUGUAACCGAGUAUGAAUGUAAACAAUGUAUCGGGGUCUAUUUCCUAGAAAACGUAAUUCUAUAAAAUAGGCACUGCAAUGUAUACGAGAAAAGGUGCUUACGAAAAUCUAAUACAAUCGCGGAAAGGUGGAAUGCAACAAUAUGCUUUCUGAUUGCCACGUUACGGUUAGAGUAAAUAAGUAAUUGGCACAAUUUAGAUUUUUAAGAGGACCAAUGGACAAGUGAUCUACACCUGAGCUCCCUAUUAUUAAUUUAACGUUAAAUCGAACAACUGAUAACAUUCAGAAUAACGCGUUGGGCGUAGAGAGGAGUUGUUUUGUUUAAAAUUGUGCUAAUUUCUCAUUUCCUUUCAGUGUGAAUUCUUAUUUUCCGCUCUUUUUUUGCCGGGUAUGGACGCGACUUGAAACGAAGUACUAGAUUUUCAAUUGUGAAGCAAAAUUCAUGUAACAUUUACAAAUCUUGUUCAAAAUCAGAAAAUGUGUUGUAUUUUACCAUAGGCUCCUAGCAUUAACAUAACAGAGAUUUCUUAACUAUAGAAAGAUGAAUCGUUUUCCUUCUAUUAGUUACAAAUAAUCUUGCGGUAGCUCUUAUCAGUAAAGCCACCAAAUAUGACGCUUGUUAUUUCAAUAGGUUAAUGCUAGGAGCAGUGCUUUCACUUUUCCGCAUGUAUAUUACAAAAUAGUUACUUAUGGAACCGAGUGAUGAAUGUUUUUUUUUCAGGCACUAGAUGUGUUAUUGUCACAAUGUGCCAAUGUGUAUCGUAUGCUUAAAAAAACAUUUUUCACCGAGUUGCAUUUACAAUGUUUUUCACAAUAUUG